CGGCGGUUUGGCAUUAUCAAAACCUGUCACAAAAACGAACACGGCUUUAGUACGAAAACAUGAUAAACCCGUGUUUCAACAAGACAGUUGACGGAUCAGAUGCAAAAAUCCAAAAAUCAUUUGAGGAAUACUCAAAGGAAGAAGCUGCAACUGCUGAAUGCAAUGACAAAGCCUUGAAUGCAUUAUUUAGAGCAGUGGACAGCUCUCAAUACAGACUCAUCGCAAAUUGCACUGAAGCACAGAAGGCUUGGAAGAUUCUUGAGACAACCCAUGAAGGAGAUGAGAGAGUCAAGACAGCAAAAUACCAAAUUCUCAUGACAAAAUUUGAAAAUCUUAGAAUGGAAGACAAUGAGAGUAUCACUGAAUUCCAUGGCAGAGUGAGAGAUUUGGCAAAUGAAGCAGAACGUCUUGGAAGACCUUUUGAAGAAGACAAUCUUGUUCUAAAGGUACUGCAUGCCCAACCAGAAAGCUAUUCAGUUGAUGCCAAGGCCAUACGUCAAGCACAUGAUCUGAAGAGGAUGAUGCUGGAUCAACUAAUGGGAAAUCUUGAAACUAUUGAGUUGGCCAUGUCAGAAGAACAAAAGAAGAAGAAGACAGAGAAACAAAUAGCAUUUCAGAUCUGUGAACAAACUGUUGAGAAGCUGCAACAAGAGCUGAAUCAAAAGGAAACAGAAAAUGCCAAUCUGAGGCAUGAGCUUGAUCAUCACGUGAAGUAUCAGAAAACCGGGCUGGGUUAUCCAAAAGGAGAAUCAUCCAAAACACCAUUAGAUCUCUUCAUCAAACGAAGUGACAUCAGGGAAGAGAUAGACAGUCUGCCAGUUAAGAAGGAUGUGCAACAGAACCAAGAGAGGAAGACAGAGAAGCCUAGAGUCAAGCAGAUAUGGGUGCAAAAGCAUGUGGCAUCACAUGCAAACUCAUGCAUGCGAGUGACUCCAGAGCAAUGGCUAUUGGAUAGUGGAUGCUCACAUCACAUGACUGGAGACAACAAAAGUUUGAAGAACAUGCAAGAAAUAGAAGGAGGCAGUGUCAGAUUUGGAGGAGGGGCACAUGGACAGAUCAUUGGAUGUGGAAUAUUAAAUGUCACUGGACUUCCUUCUAUCAAGAAUGUCUGGCUAGUUGAGGGAUUACAAGUAAACCUCUUAAGCAUCAGUCAGAUAUGUGAUCAAGGUUUAGAGGUGACUUUUACUCAACAAAAAUGUCGAGUAAAGGACAAGAACAAGUUGGUUGUACUAGAAGGCGACAUAACCACAGACAACUGUUAUAGAGUGAGCCCCAACAAGUUGGUUGUACUAGAAGGCGACAGAACCACAGCAAGUGAGAAAGAUGCCAGACUAUGGCAUUACAGACUGGGGCACAUCAACUACAAGGAUCUGGCAACUCUCUCAAACUUAGGAGCUGUGAGAGAAACUAUGGUGAACGCAAACGGCGCAGAAGGACGAAGCCUACUGGUUUCAGAAAGAGAGUGCCGAACGCCGGCGGUAGAGAGACGCCGCCGCCGCUGCACCCUCCAGAAAAAUCGACGACACAAGGCUCCCUUCGGCGAUUCACUUUUUCCGGCCAAUAUGGCCGGCCAACGGCCGCCGGAUCCCUCCCAUCACCCUCCUGACGUCCCGGCGUUUCCAUCGAGCCAUCACACGCCGGAAACCACCACUGGAAACGUCCCAGGCGCUGCAGCGAUCGUGGCGGCUCUGCCACCAUUUUUUCUGGCGUCUACAGGUCCCGGCGAUGAUCCCCUUUCAUCUCAGGUUCUUCCCCUUCCUCAGACGACUCCAUCGCACCCAUUUGCAGCCUCAUCAGGCGCUGGAAUGGGGUGCACCAGUGCUGCGGCCAUGGCGGGUCUUCCCGUCGGGUCGCCACCUCCUUCUCUGUUUCCAGGGCAAUACAGCAUCGCGCAGCUCCCCCACGUGCCUCUCCCGGUCUUUACGAGUGCAGCAAGCCAUGCUCCAUCAAUUUUGGUGACCGGUAGCUCUGGUUUCAGUUCCGGCGAACCUCACACGGCGCUAAUGGCAUCUCAGUUGCCCAACUCUUUCUCUCCGGCUGUGCCCCUGUCCCAAGCAGUUACAUUUGGUCCUUACACUCCCAUGAUGGUUUCACAACAGACCUUGAACGUGGAAGGCAGCAAAAACAUGUUGGUUGCACCCAUGGCUCACAAUUCCACUUGCGCACCAGGUGUUUGUGGAAAUGUCUCAAUGACUUUUCCCACUCCUUCGCCAGAUUUCCUAAAGGUCAAGGUCCCUAUCAACUCUCUUAACUAUUUUAAUUGGCAAGACAUCCCUGGUGCAGUUCUUAAAGGUUUGGUAGAUUCGGAACAUGUCAUAAUGCAUGUUCCUGUGCCAUCUAACAGAGUGAUGGUUGCGGAAUUACAGGGCCCCCGACAGUGGGAACGCAAUCAACCUGGUUUACCUACGGGGAUGCCACUCAUGGGUCUACCCCUCCACGAAGCUGGCUACGGCAGUAGCUACUGCUCCAACGUCCAUGCAUGCACCUCAUGCUCAAGCACGGCCAGGGGGGAAAAAGGGGUUACUUUUGCUCCUCACUCUACUGCACCUAUGGAAAGGCAAGGAGUUCUCUCACAAAAAUUGGAUGCCAUCACAUCUAAGAGUGCUACGGCAGUAGCAACUCCACGACAAGAAGGUCCACACGGCAUACCUAAGUCUUCCUUUGCCCAAGUCGUGGCUGGUCCUUCUAUGGCUGGCACGUCAAAAUCCUUUGCACAAGCACUCACUGGCUCAACCAAUCCAGGUAUUUCUUUACGGGCCACUGCCUCCCGCCCAUCUGCUAUUUUACCAAAUGUUGUUGUUGAGGAUAAGAAUCCCACAUUUCAUAGGGGUACUCCCGGAGUUGUUUUUAAAAAGUCUGAAAUGCAAAGACUUUCUCAAUUGGAUAAUUUUCUUCUUAUUGGUAAAUUUUCACAUGGUCGUCCUGAGAUUGCCACAUUGAGAAAGUUUUUUGCUGAAAAAUUUCUUCUUCGGGAGUCGGUUCAGAUUAGUCUUCGCGACCCACGUCAUGUUAUGCUUUUAUUCACCCAUCCUCUUGACUGUAAUGAUAUAUUCAUGCAAGGGCAGAUUCAGUUUAACGGACAAUUUCCCAUGAGACUGUUUCGGUGGUCCCCGGAAUUUAAUGUUAAAACUGAAUCCUUCGUUGCGCCGGUGUGGGUGACUUUUCCUAAUUUGAGGGCUGAUUUAUUUAAUGAGAGUGCUAUCCACCAGCUUUGUAAGCCCAUUGGGAGGUGUUUGAAAGUAGAUGUUGCUACGUCCACCUUUUCACGUCCCAAUGUGGCUAAGGCUAGGGUGGAGAUUGAUCUAUUGAAGCCUAGGAUAGAACAGUUUUGGAUUGGUUUUUCUGAUGAGCCUGGAGAGGAGGAUGUGGGCAUGUUCCAGUCUGUGGAAUAUGAGCGCAUCCCAAAGUAUUGCACGGCAUGUUACAAGCAGGGUCACGACAAUUCUUCGUGCAAUACUUUGACUCCUAGUCAGCCUGAUCAGAGAGCCGUUGUUGUGGUUCCCCAACCUUCCAUGCCUGCACCUACGAAUACCCAACCUCCUCGACGGAGGCGAAGUAGGAGUAGGGUCAGGCGUCAAAGGGAGGGGAAAGGUAUUGCCAUUGUUGAUGCAGGUACAAGCGCAGGUGGCUCCCAACGGGAGGAGUCACAGUAUGUUUGGCGAGAGAAGACAGCGAAAGGGUCCAGACCUAUUGAGGUCGUGGACACUGAUGAUGUAGGUAAGGGGGAGGGACCCUCAUUGCAAGCCUUUGUGCCCACUUCUUCCCAUCCCUCCCCGAAUGUUGUCAUACCUGAUGCUUGCUUAGUUCCUUCUACUGUUGUUAACGCCACUCCUCCCACAUCGGUUGUGGUUGAACAGUCGGCGUCUCAGGCUUUAGAGCCAUCUGUUCCUCCUACCGGAGUUGAGCAAGGCCCCGUUGUUGCUUCUCUUCCUCUCUCUACUUCUUCUUCUUCUAUUGUACAUGUUCCCGAUCCUCAACUCCCCGAGCUGGCUCUGGCUAUGUCUAAUACUUUUGAUGCUUUGGGGGAGAUGCCUGGGGACAGUCAUGAGGACUGCGACUUUAAUACUGCUGCAUCCUCCAUUCCUUCCGAUUCGGUAAGGAAGGAGGAUGACGAUUGUAGUUCGCAGACUAGUGACGGGUCCAUGGGUGAUCAUUUUGAGGAUCCGACUGACAUUGCCCGGGAUCUUGCAGCGAGUGGUGUCUCUCCUGCAAGGGAGGCUCCGACCACAAGGGAUCCUAUAGUUGCUCGUUUUACACAGCCCCGUGAUGCACCACAUAUCCAUCAUCUUGCCUACGCCGACGACAUUUUCAUCUUCACUUCGUCGAGGGGGGACACUUUAGAGAGAGUUCAAGCAGUUUUACGUUCCUAUGAGCAGAUUUCAGGCCAAGCUGUCAGCCUCCCUAAGAGUGCCUUCUAUAUGCACCCUAAGGCAUUGGCACCCGUGUUGGAGCGUGUUCGAGAUACCCUUGGGUGUUCAUUGGAUGUGCUUCCAUUCACUUAUCUUGGAUGUCCUAUUUAUCAUGGUCGGAAGCGCAUUCAUUACUUUGAGCCUAUUCUCAAAAAGAUGCGGGACAAGUGUUGUGCGUGGAUGGGGCGCUAUCUUUCUCCGGGGGGGAAGGCUAUUAUGAUUAAGAGUGUUCUGCAGGCGAUCCCGACACACUUGCUCGCUGCACACUUUCCUCCCAAGGCAGUGAUUCGAGAGAUGGAGUCUAUCAUGGCACGAUUUUUUUGGUCUAGCCUGGGAGGGACUCGACGCUACCAUUGGGGAUCUUGGAAGACUCUGGCACGACAUACGAGGGAAGGUGGGGUCGGCUUCCUUGAUUUUAUGACUUUGGCUAAGUCUUGUUCGGCUAAGCUCCGGUGGAACUUUAGGACACAAGACACUAUUUGGACGGCAUUCAUGAGGGCUAAGUACUGUAGUCGCGUCCAUCCUGUGUCCAAGCAGCGUGUUAAUGAUGAUUCGCACACAUGGAAGCGCAUGCUAGAUGUUCGAGCCGUGGUUGAGCCUGUGAUUCGAUGGCGUGUACUCUCUGGCACGUCUAACUUCUGGUGGGAUACAUGUAAGACUGUCAUACCGCAGAAAUUCAAUCACCCAAGCGUCUCCAAACAUCAGCCCUCUUGGUUCAAAAAAUAUUGCCAAGUUAGCAAAAAACUUCGAGAAACCAAGGAGGAGAAGGAAGCAGUGGCAAAUCAAGGAUCUUCAGCAAGUAUCACCCACAUGCAGCAGCAAGAAGAUGAUGCAGCACAUCCCCCAACUUCAGAUCUGCCACAGGUGCUGUGUAUAGAAUACCACAAGUCAGAGAAAGAAGCAGAGAUCGCUGAAGUGCAGAAACCAGAUUCAGCACCCACCAUCAACGUACAAAGCAAGUCUUCACCAGAUGCUCCAGUUCAAGAAAACGAAGAGUUCAUCCAGAUCCUUAAUGUGCACAAGAAAUCUAUUAUUGUUCAAAGAAGAAUUGAUGUGGAAGAUUUUAAACUCAAGACCAAUCUGAUUCCUCUCCUUGAAAAAUCCAAAUUGUUGAAAUCUGUCACUCUUCAAGGAUCCUUUGUGAAAUCUGUUAUCUGUGAGUUUUACUGCAACCUGUCUGAAUCCUGUGCUGAUCCUACUGACCCCAUGUUUCAUAAGGUGUUUUUGCGUGGAAAAACCUAUAAACUCUCCCCUGCUCUUAUCAAUACCGUGAUUGAUCUUACCCCCAGCAAAAAGGAUACCAAAAUCUCAGAAAAGACCAUGUGGCUAGACCUCACAAAUGGUCAAAGAGCCUCUCAGUCCAGCAAAGCAAAAAUUUCCUCCUCAAUACUCAAAAGUUCCUAUGCCAUUUUACUAAGGGUUGCAGCUCUUCACUGGCUUCCUACGACACACACCAAUACUGUUUCCAAGAUUAUGGCAAGACUUCUCUACAAGAUUAAGCACAACAUACCUUUUGACCUAGGAAAACUAAUCUUUGAUCAAAUCAUGCUCUUUGCAGCUGAGAAAUACAAGGCCAACUCCAUUGGGCUUCCCUAUCCAACACUUCUCUACAGUCUACUGGUCUCACAGGGUUCAGCAAAGAAGAAGAGGAGGAGGAAGAACUAUAAGAGCCACCACUCCAAGUGGACAGCAGGCACAUGGAGGGAAAGCAUCACAAUGACAUGGAGGUUGCUGGUCAAAGAGGAGUUAGCCAGGACAUCACAGCUAAAAGAGAAACUGGAGAUUGAAAAGGGUCACUUGGUGGUGUUGUUGCACCAGGCUAGGGAGGCAACUCCAGAUGAGGAGCACACAGACUCAGAGGAGGAUAUCAUUGGGAGCACUCAUUCUGAUGAACAGGAGAGUCACACUGAAGGGGAGAGUGAGGAAGGGGACUCAGCUUGAUCUGAUCAUGUACUCACAAAACUUUGUUUUUGGAUUCAAAUGUUUUGAUUGGGUUUGUUGAUGCUGGAUAUGCUCUAUGGUUUAUGUGACAUACACUAUUGCUCGUUCUGAUCUAUGCUUGCUCUUAUGCACUCCAUUGUCACAUGUGUAUACUGCUUGUUGGUCAAGUGAAUGAUGUAAGUACAGUUCUAUGCCACACUUUUUAGGUAUUCUAUGUCGCAUUGUACCUACUCUUGAUCGGUUGAAUAUUACUCUUCAUUCUUUGCCCCAGUUUUUCAAAUAAAACUUGGCAUUUUUU